AUGAAUAGUACAAGUAAAUUCAAUUCGCCAUCAAUGUUUUCUGAUAAUGAUUCAAUAAUGACGAAUUCAAAAAAUGUUGCUUCAUUUCAACGUAUUUUAUAUGGAAGACCACCACCAACAACACCACGAACUGAACAAUCAUAUGGUAUAGAGAAUUCAAAUGCUAAUGAUCAUACUAAAGAUCCGUUGGCUCGUUCAGUGUUAAUCGAUAGUGCAGCUCGACAACCAGGUUUUCUUCCGUAUGCAUAUCGAUUAGCAAAUACAUUUGAUUCAAUUCGUCGACGACGUUCAGAGUAUAGAUCAACAUCGAAACCUUCAACAAUAACACCACGGACAUCUUUUCGAACGUCACCACGUUUUGAUGCUUUUGGUAAUUUAACAAGUACAAUGAGUAAAUUAGCCGAACAACGUUUAAUUUUACGUGAAAAAUUAAUUAAGAAAAAACAGAAUUCAUCACAAGUUGGUGAUAAACAAGAAAAGAAUGUUAUUAUGAGUGAUGCUGAUUUUGCAACGGAUAUACCAAAUGCCCUUGAAUUUGUUUUACAAAAUAGUAAAGGAAAAAGUACUAUGGAAUUAAAUUUAUUUGAAACAUUAAAACGAGAACGUUUAGAACAAGCUCGUUAUCGACUUUUACCAGUAAAUCGAGCACCAUAUGCCUAA